AUGGAACCCAGUGAAAUGCCUGCUGUCCACCUCUGCCCCUCAGACCCCGCCCCAGGGGCUGAGGCCACAGCCCCCCAGGGCACUGAGCUUGUCCCCAGGAGAGCUGUCAGUCGCUCUCCGACCUGCGCCCGCUGCCGCAACCACGGCAUCACUGCCCACCUCAAGGGCCAUAAGCGCCUCUGCCUCUUCCAGGCUUGCGAGUGUCACAAGUGUGUCCUCAUCCUGGAGCGCCGAAGGGUCAUGGCUGCCCAGGUGGCCUUGCGUAGGCAGCAGGAGGCGCAGCUAAAGAGGCACCUGGCUCAGGGACUGAUGAGGAAAGGGGCCGCUCCUCCCAAAGCUCCCAGCCGGGUCAAGAAGGGAGCUAUUCAACCAGGCAUCUCCUCUGGGAAGGAGAACCUAGCGCCCCAGCCUCAGACCCCCCAUGGGGAAGUCCCACUGGCGCUGACACCCCCUGGGAAGAACUCCUGUGGGCCUCUGCUGCUCAGCCGUCCUCCAGGAGCUUUACCCUUGCCCUGGACUCCGCUGCCUCCAGGCCCUUGGGCCCCUGGGCACUGGCUGCCUCCAGGCCUCUCCAUACCCCCUCCAGUGGUAUGCCGCUUGCUGUACCAAGAAUCUGCUGUCCCUUUGCAUCCCUUCUCUGGUUUUGACCCUAGUACUUCCCUCCGGCUGCCCAUUCAUGGGCCUCUCCCAACCUGCCCAGGACCUCGCCCGAUACUGACAGCUCCUCUCUCUGAAGAGCACCAAGGGCCCCCUGGCCUGCCCCGCACAUGCUCAACUCUGAUCCUCCAGCCCUGUGGCACCCCAGACCCUCUUCUGCUGCAGCCACAGGCCCCUGGAACCUCUCGCCUGGCCUGGAUGUCAGCCCCCUCAGAGCGGCAGCUGCAGAGGGAAGCAGCUGAGGCCCUCAUGGGGCUGAAAGAUUCAUCCCAGGCUCCUCGCCUGACUCCUUCUGUCCCCACCAGCUCUGCCUGGAUCUCCCUGUUCCACCCCUGUGGCCCACCAGUUCCUACUGGUGGAAGAGGAUUCCAGCCCACUGGCCCCUCUCUCCGACCCAGCCCAGCCCCCUCCGUGGCUCUGCAUAUUGGGCGUCUGGGAUCCAUCUCCCUUCUGAGCUAGAAGCCCAGAAGUGGAGGCCUCUCUGGUGCAGAGGGUCCAUGGUCUACAGACCCUGCAAAUUUGGUAUUUUACUUAUGGAUUUGUGCAUGAAGUUCAAUGUAGUACAAGCUUCAAGCCUCUUUUAAGCUUUCAGGUGCUUUGUUAGCUUUCAGUUCCAUUUAUAGUAUGGGGCAUUUCCUUGACUGAGGGUGGUUAGUCUCAUUCCCCUCCCCCUCCUUGGGUCCUGGGAUCUUUUGAAAUCCCCAAUAAAGAGAGAGUUGUAAAAUUUAAGCUGACCAGUAUCUAGGUUUU